UUAGACCUUGUGGUUUAUUUUUUUGCCCCCACAAUUUUGACGAUGAAAGUUCUAUCUUUUCUCCAACUUCUGCACCCCUUCAUCUUAACCUAAUACCUAAUACCUACUAUCAUUCUUACUCAAUGGCUGAGAACCAAAUGGAUCAGUCCCAAGCACGCCGGCGACGACGUGAUGGAUCGUCCGGCGUACAACAGCGUUUGUGUACGCAUUGCGGACGAAGCUUCAAGAGGUCUGAGCACCUGGAGCGCCACGUUCGAACCCAUACAAAAGAGAAACCUUACGUCUGCCAUUGUGGGUCGGCGUAUUCUCGAAGGGAUCUCUUGACCCGCCACCAACGCAUUACCCAUGAAACACUAUCGCCAAGGUCGCCUGACGCCCCAACGUCGGAAGACAAUCAUCAAUUGGCAGCAGCAGACUCGGAUCCGACCUCCGAGGACCUUGCUACCGCCUCAUCAACGGCUUCGUUGCCGGACAUGUCUAUGAACCACAACAUUCAGCAGACCCAGUAUUCCAACGCAAGCCACGAUUUUGCCAUCCAUAACCACCCUGUCAGUCAGCAGUACCACCAGCUAACCACAGACCAAGAAUUCUUCAACGUAGGACAACACUUUCCGACGUUUGACCAAUUCCCGGACUUACACAACUUCCCUGACGGCUUACCACCGGAAUGGAAUACUUACUUGGACGGCGCCGGCCAGGAAAUGGUAGAUCCUGCCUUACGAGGUUCAAUGGCUGAUGUAUCGUCACCACUUACGAACGACAAUUUUCCUGUCCAUGCCUACAAUACAUGGAUGUCAUCAGCCGCCCAGGAAUGGGGUGGUUAGUGGGAGUCGCAGAAUACAAGAGCGACUCCUCUUCAAGUGACAAUCGUCACUCUAAACGAUUGAAACCCCCGCCAUUUUACUAUUCCGUACCUUCCAGAGCCUCGCGCACUAUCGCAGUUUUUGGUCACCUGGAGGGACUUACACGGAGUGGAUACUGCUGAAAUCAGAAAACAGUGGUCGCCAAAAAACGACAAGACAUAUCCUACCUAAAGGUGGAUAUCGUAUUAGUGUAAAAAUUGCUGUCAUAGCGGUGACUAGAGCGGAAGCGAAGGAUAUUUCCGCUGAUUUAUUGCGGAUCAAUUGUUCCUCAUCCUACUUGUACUACAUACCCAACUGGGAGGACAGACCCCGUUUCCCCCAUUCUAAUUUCACACCCCGCCCUUAUUAUCCACAUCUCAAAAUAUUGCCUGGAGGACUAAGGACUAGGUACCUAACUCAUCCCCAACAUCACCGAGAAUUUCUCGCAUACCAAACAUCGCUCGAGCCCAUGAGCGGUUUUGUC